AUGCCUGUGGUCGUCCGGGGCCUUGCGGCCGAGAGCGGCUGGAAUCUCCUCGAUAAUAGCGUCCCCUGCGAUAUCACUGCCGCCUCGUACUCGUGCUGUGUCAAAAUCGGCUCUGGCUGCCUCGACACCGGCUCGCUGUUCCUGUAUCUGAGCUCGGCAGCGACCAUUCUGCAGAUGUUCGUUCUGAUCGGCUUCGGGGCGCUGUCGGACUACGGAGAGAAACGCAAGCGAUGGAUGAUUAUCUUUUCAAUACUCUCGUGUUUCUGCGGUCUGGCUUUCGUUCUCGUCCUCAAAGCCGCACUCUUCUGGAUUGCGGGCCUGCUCUUUAUUGCAGGCUCGGUUCUGUUCGUGGGCUCGUACCUGUUCUUCUUUGCUUACAUCCCUGUCUUGACCCGAGCCCAUCCGGACUAUUUGAGCCUCUCGACCACAGUCGGCGCCGAUGUCGCAUACGAUCGCACUGCCAACCGCAUCAGCUCCACUGCGGUGGCUUUUGGCUAUGGCGGGACCCUCGUCACCUUGGCUAUUGGCUCAGCCAUCAUCUAUCUCCUUGGAUCCAACCCAGCCAUGCCUACGUCAACGUAUCCGUCGCAGAUCGUGGUGGCCUUCUCGAGCGUGUGGUGGCUCGGAUUCCUCUGGUUCCCUGCUGCAUGGCUCAAGUCUCGUCCCGGCCCUUGUCUUCCAGCCGAGGUGAAUCCACUGACAUACUCAUUCAAGAAAGUCGGCAAGACCCUCAGGAAGGCCGCACGGGACGAGCGGCAUAUCAUCUUCUUUUUGCUCGGCUGGGUCCUCUACGCAGAUGCUUUCAACACGCUGCUCUCGGUUGCGCUGUUGAUUGCCCAGGAGGAGCUCGGCGCCAGCCAGCUGGAGCUCGUUGGGAUCGCCCUGACGAUCUUUGUCGCCGGCAUCGUUGGCCUCAAGGCCUUCCCGUGGAUCCAAAACCUGACCAAGCGAUCUACCAAGCCAAUUUUGAUUGCGCAAGCAUCCCUCUAUGCGCUCCUGACGCUCUACGGAGUCUUCUUCCUGAAGCACAAGUGGGAGAUCUGGGUGUGCGCCGUGUGGCAUGGAUUGCUGAUCGGAGCGACGCAGAGCUCAUGUCGAGUCUGGUACUCCCAGAUGAUCCCGCCGGGCCAGGAGGCUGAGUAUUUCUCGAUGAUGACUAUCACCGACAAGGGAUCUUCGGCUAUCGGGCCGCUCAUUGUCGGAGCCAUCAUCCAGGGCACCGGAUACCGCCGCAACUCGCUGUGGUUCCUGUUGGGCUCCUUUAUCGUCGCCGGAGCGCUGUUCUUCUCCGUUCAGCACGUCUCAAGCGAGGACGAACGGGCGGAACAAGUCGAAAGCCCCAAAUCCGCAGCGAUGAAGGGCUGA